AUGUUCUGUUUAGAUAUAUGUGUUCAAGCAGGAUUUCCUUUUGCUGGAGUACAAUAUGGAACAGAGUGUUUUUGUGGAGAAAAUUCUCCUCCAGAAACAUCAAGGGCAUCAGAUAAGUCAUGUGAUAUGAAAUGUCCAGGAGAUAAUUCAAAAAUAUGUGGUGGUUACUUUACCAUGAACAUCUAUGAAACAGGCUUGGAUAAAUUUGUGCCAAGAACACCAGAAGUUAAAACUCAAGAAGAGGGCUCGAUAAAGAUUGUAUUUCUUUUAACUUUGAACGGCAGAGCUCUACGUCAAGUUUAUAGGUUAAUUAAUGCCCUAUACAGGAGUAAUCACUAUUUUUAUAUACAUGUUGAUAAACGACAAGACUACUUGCACCGUGAAUUAUCAUCACUUCAGACACAGUUUCCUAACAUUAAAUUAGCUCCAGUGAGAUAUUCAACAAUUUGGGGUGGGGCAUCUUUACUCAGAAUGUUACUGACUUGUAUGGAAGACUUUUUUACCCUAAAUUGGGAAUGGGAUUAUGUUAUUAAUUUAAGCGAAAGUGACUUUCCAAUUAAAUCCUUAACUGAAUUGGAAAAAUUCUUAUCAGACAACAAAGGUCUAAAUUUUGUAAAGUCUCACGGGCGAGAAGUGCAAAGAUUUAUUAAGAAGCAAGGUCUUGACAAAACUUUUCUUGAAUGUGAAACUCACAUGUGGAGGAUAGGUGAAAGAAAAUUACCUAUUGGUAUCACAAUCGAUGGUGGAAGUGAUUGGGUGGCAUUAUCACCUGAAUUUGUAUCCUUCGUAAUAAAAGGCAAAGAAGAUCUUUUAAAUGGAUUAGCUAUAAUUUUUGAACAUACUUUACUCCCAGCAGAGUCUUUUUUUCACACUGCCUUAAGAAACUCUAAAUAUUGCACUACCUAUGUUGAUAACAAUUUACAUGUUACAAAUUGGAAGAGAAAAUUGGGAUGUAAGUGUCAAUAUAAACAUGUCGUUGACUGGUGUGGUUGUUCACCAAAUGAUUUUCGAACAGAAGAUUGGCCAAAAAUUCAAAAUACACUAAACAGACAAUUAUUUUUUGCCCGCAAAUUUGAACCCAUCAUCAAUCAGGAAAUAAUCACAAGAGUUGAAAAGUUAAUAGGUUUUGAUGAUCAUUACUUAAUCAACAAUUUAGAUGCUUAUUGGCAAAGCAUUUAUAAUACUAAUGAUUUGACGGCAAGCACCGACGACAUACUACUAUCCCACGCUGGAAGUAUUGUACGUCAUAAUUCGAAAUUAUUAGCAAUGGAAGGUUGUGAUGUCAAAUUGGGAGACAUCAUUGAGAUUAAUGCUUAUAAGUUUGCAGACAUUUAUAAAGGAAAUUUAAUUUUACACAAAGCUGUACUUUCAAGUGGACUGGAAGUGCUCCUUGAAACAUGGUACAAGCCUAAACACCACUUAGAACUAAAUUUUGAUAGUCCAUACACAGAUUAUAUAAAAAGUUUUAAAGUUGGCUCUGAUUAUGACCAAAAAGAAACAAUGUUUAGAAAUAUGGGAAGUAUUUUGGGCCCUUUUUCUGAUCUAGUUCUUUUGUAUCAAUUUUCUUUUCACAAACAAAGUGAUAAUCUUACUCUGCUAUGGUUAGAUCCAGCUGGUAUCUUAGCGGAUGUAAAUUAUAUCAGUAAAGACGAAAAUAACCAAACAAACUUUAUUAAACCAAAUAUAAAACACCCAUUUUUACCGGGAGUUUGGAAAGUGGGACUCUUUAAAAAAACUAAUCUUAUAGCUUUGACAAAGUUUUUGGUGACACCUUUAGAGUAUUUUUCUGGCAAAGAAGUAACGCAUCAGGAGGUAGACUUAAUUCAUAGUGGGUCUCAAAAUUCAUAUAGAAAUUUAACCAUUUUUAAGUCACAUAAUUUUUUUCCUAGUCAAGAGGAGUCAUUACUGAGGCUAGAAAUAUCUAACUCCAAUACAAAACGCAUCGGUAACGACUUGCGCGAAUGGAUAGAUUUUUUGACUGAUGAAUUUUAUAGUAUUUUGGGGUCUUGUAUUAAUAAUAAUGUAACAGAAGAAAAAAUAUGUGGAAAUCAUAAAUUUGAACAGUGUAGGCUUACACAAUGGAGUUCGUUGUCCCCUGAUCCUAAGGGAACUAUAGGUAAAGUGGAGCAACAUUCUGGCCGAUUAAAAAGAGUUUGA